ACACAAGUUGAAAAUGGCUGUAGCCUCUGAGUAUCAGCCUCGCCUAGCCUACCUUCAGUGUGCUGAGGACGCUUACAUUUGUCUACCACUGGGGCAACAUCGAUGUGACCUUAAACAAAACAUAUAACUGAAAUCCUGGUGUUACAGCAGGCACCCAGACAAGUGUUUCAACCUGGCAAAACGGAAACACCACCAAAUCGCAGGGCAGUGUUCCUGCUUCUGGAAAGGCAGCGUGCCUUCCUGGACUCCACCCAGCUGCGCUUCCUGAUUCAGAGGUUUGGGGUGGGGGCAGACCUUUUUGCUUCUCGGUUGAAGCAGAAGCAGAAGCAGAAGCAGAAGCAGAAGCAGGGCCUCAAGCGCGGUCCUUGGAGAAAACUUGAGAACUUAUCAACUCAUUCAAAAGGUCUGUGUGUGCCUCAGCUCCAGGGUCUGCCUCUAGGAAUAUGGAUGACCACCAAAAUGAUACCCUCAGAAUCGUUCUGGUAGGGAGAACUGGAAGUGGGAAAAGUGCCACGGCAAACACCAUCCUUGGAGAAGAGAAGUUUGUUUCUAAGAUUUCUGCCCAAGCUAUUACCAAGGUCUGUCAAGAUGCAACCCGAGAAUGGAAGGGGAGAAACCUUCGCGUUGUUGAUACUCCAGGGCUCUUUGAUACCAGGAAGUCUCUGGGGACUACGUGUGCCGAAAUCAGUCGCUGUGUCCUCUACUCCUGCCCAGGACCUCACGCCAUCGUCAUGGUCAUGCAGCUGGGCCGCUACACUGUGGAAGAGCAGAACACUAUUGCAUUGAUCAAGGCCGUCUUCGGGAAGGAGGCCAUGAAGCACACGAUACUCUUGUUCACUCACAAGGAAGAGUUGGAGGGCCAGAGUAUUGAUAGCUUCAUAGAAGAUGCAGAUGAGAAGCUAAAAAAUAUCAUCAAAGAGUGUGGGAACCGCUAUUAUGCCAUUAGCAACAAAACAGACAAGACUGAGAAGGAAGUUCAAGUGCAGCAUCUGGUGGAGCUGAUAGAGGAGAUGGUGAAGAACAAUGGAGGGACUUACUUUUCUGAUGCCAUAUAUGAGGAUACAGAGGAAAGGCUGAAAGAGCGUGCAGAGAUUCUGAGGAAAAUUUAUGCUGAAGACCUAGAUAAGGAAAUUCGACUGAUAGAAGAGGAAUACGCUAAUAAGUCAGAGAAAGAAAAGAAGGAAGAAAUAGAAUAUAUAAAGAUGAAAUAUGAUGAAAAACUUGGAAAUAUAAGGGAAGAAGCUAGGGAGAAUAUAUUUGAAUAUGUUUUAAAUAAGAUUUGGAAGAAGAUUUUAAAAAUAUGGCAUAUGUUGUGGAAGUAGUGUAAAUCACAUUCUUGCCUUUUAAUUUAGUAGAGUUUGUUACUGUAGUGAAUUAUUGCAUAUUCCAAAGAUGGCUACAACAAUAUUUUCCAUCUCCUGAUUUAUGGAGAUAUAGUCGACAAAUAAGAAUUGCAUAUACUGAUUGUGGACAGUGUGAUGUUUUGACAUAGAUAUACAUUGUGAAAUUAGUAAUUCUAGUAAUUAAUAUACCUGUCACCUCACGUAGUUCUUUUUUUUUUUUUUUUUUUUUUUAGUGCAGUGAGAACAAUUUAAAGUCUACUUUCUUAGCAAAUUUCAAAAAUGCAAGACAGCAUCAUAACUAUAAUAAUUGUGUUGUACAUUAUUAGGUCUCCAGAACUGAUUCAUCCUGCAUAAUUGAAUCUUUGUGCUCCUUGAUGAACAUUUCCCCAUUUGCCACAAAUCUCUAGUCCCUGGACACCAACAUUCUACUCUUUGCUUCUAGGAGUUUGACAUUUUUAGAUUCCAUGUGUAUGUGAGAUCAUGCUGUAUUUAUGUUUAGCUUAAUUCAUUAAGUAUAAUAUCCCCCAUUUUAUCCAUAUUGUGAUAAAUGACACAAUAUCUGUAAUGGUUAAUUUGAAUUGUCAGCUCGAUUGGUUAAGAGAUGCUGAAGAUUAAAAAGGAUGCUGUGUCAUUGGGGGUGCCUCUAGGAAUGAUUGGCAUGUGGGGUAACCAAUUGAAGUGGAGCCCCUCCCUAAGCAUGGGCAGCACCAUCCAACAGGCUGGAGGCUUGGAUGGAAUAAAAGUUGGAAGAACAAGGAAGCAGCAGCAGAUGCAAGCUCUAUUCUUCUUGAACAGGUUUUUUAUUGCUGCUGUGAUCGCCUGAGGACAUCAAACUCUCUCUCCUUCACUCUUCCAAAGUGAACUCUGCCAGUGAUUCUCCAGGGAGUUCCCAGAAGCCUCAGUUUUGGACUGGGGUAGCAUCAUUGACACCUCUUGCUGUGAGGCUUCAGCUUAUUGGACUGUGCAGUUACUGGUUCUUCCCGCUCUCCAACCUGUAGACAGCCAUUGUGGACUAUCCAGCUUUUGGUUAUGUAAGCCAAACUAAUAAAUACCCUUUUUA